CUCAUUUUCCAUCUAUAUAUACCCUUCCACGCCACACCACACCACACCACACCACAAUUCCCCUACAUGGAGUAUGAGGAAGCAAGCAAGAGUUUGGACGACGACGGGCGUGUCAAACGGACAGGUACAUUGCUGACGGCGAGUUCGCACAUCAUAACGGCGGUGAUAGGGUCGGGAGUGCUGUCGCUGGCGUGGGCGAUAGCGCAGCUGGGCUGGGUGGCGGGCCCCGCCGUGCUCAUGGCCUUCUCCUUCAUCACUUACUUCACCUCCACCCUCCUCGCCGACUCCUACCGCUCCAUUCACGGCACCAGAAACUAUACCUACAUGGACGUCGUGCGUUCCCACUUAGGUGGUGUUAAAGUUCAACUAUGUGGACUGGCUCAAUACGGUAAUCUUGUUGGGGUCACUGUUGGAUACACAAUAACGGCUUCUAUCAGUAUGGUGGCUGUAAGGAAGUCGAACUGUUAUCACAAGCAUGGGCACGACGCAAAGUGCUCUACAUCAACCUACCCUUUCAUGAUAAUAUUUGCGGCAAUUCAGAUAAUUCUGAGCCAAAUACCCAACUUUCAUGAGCUGUCGUGGCUCUCUAUCGUCGCCGCCGUUAUGUCUUUUGCUUACUCUUCCAUAGGCCUCGCUCUCUCUGUAGCCAAAGUGGCAGGUGGUGGAGACGUGAGGACGACGGCGACGGGGACGACAGUAGGGGUGGAUGUAACAGGAUCAGAAAAGGUGUGGAGAACCUUUCAAGCCAUUGGAGAUAUAGCCUUUGCUUAUGCUUACUCCACUGUGCUCAUCGAAAUUCAGGACACGUUGAAGUCAAAGCCAGCAGAGAAUAAAGUAAUGAAGAAGGCUUCAUUUAUAGGAGUAACAGCCACAACUAUAUUCUACAUGCUCUGCGGCUGCGUAGGUUAUGCUGCUUUCGGAAACAAAGCUCCUGGAAAUUUCCUCACUGGAUUUGGAUUUUAUGAACCAUUCUGGCUCAUCGAUUUUGCCAAUGUUUGCAUUGCCAUUCACCUCAUUGGUGCCUACCAGGUUUUCGCGCAGCCCAUUUUCGGGUUCGUGGAGAAGUGCAGCAGAGAGAGAUGGCCGGACAGCAAAUUCAUACACGCGGAGCACAUGCCCUUCAUGGGGGGGCCCCACGGCCUCAACAUGUUCCGCCUGGUGUGGCGGACUGCCUACGUGGUGGUGACGGCGGUGGUGGCCAUGAUCUUCCCUUUCUUCAACGACUUCUUGGGCCUCAUCGGGGCCGCCUCCUUCUACCCCUUGACCGUCUAUUUCCCCAUAGAGAUGCACAUCGCGCAGGCCAAGCUCCCCAAAUACUCCUUCUCUUGGCUGUGGCUCAAGAUACUCAGCUGGACUUGCCUCGUCGUCUCCCUCAUCGCCGCCGCCGGAUCCAUCCAAGGCCUCGCCUCUGAUGUCAAGACCUACAAGCCCUUCAAAACUCAAUGACUUCUCUCACCGCAACUUCUCUUCUUUCCAUUCUAUAAUCUCAUUCCAUCCAAAAAGACUACAACUGUAAUUACCAAUAAAUGUUUUUUAAAACUGGUAGCGCUGCUACUAUAUUACAAAUUUCUGUUUUUAUUUGUAUGACAAAUGUUUGUUUGAAAA